AUGGCUCGGACUAAGCUUGUUGCACUUGCCUUCAUAGUCUUGCUCAGCAUUGGGCUCUCCGAGGCAGGCCGAUCCUUGGCGUCUAGGGGCGGUGGUGGCGGUGGUGGUGGAGGGGGUGGUGGAGGUGGUGGCGGAGGUGGUGGCUCAAGGGGCGGUUCCGGUUACGGCUAUGGUUCCGGCUCUGGACAUGGUGCAGGAGGAGGAUCUGGGGCUGGUGGCGGAGGAGGUGGUGGUGGAGGAGGAGGAGGUGGCGGCGGAGGUGGCGGCUCAGGUGGCGGGUCCGGUUCCGGCUAUGGUUCCGGCUAUGGCUAUGGUGAAGGAGGAGGAUCUGGGGCUGGUGGCAGAGGUGGUGGGGGCGGUGGUGGUGGAGGAGGAGGUGGAGGUGGAGGUGGUGGAGGGAGUGGAAGCGGCAGUGGCUCUGGGUCGGGAAGCGGGUACGGGUCGGGCUCUGGACAUGGAGCUGGGGGAGCACGUGGAGGAUAUGGGAGAGGUGGAGGUGGCGGAGGAGGUGGCGGCGGUGGCGGCGGUGGCGGCUCUGGGUCCGGCUCUGGGUCUGGGUAUGGCUCCGGCUAUGGGUCUGGGCAUGGGAGUGGUGGGGGGCGCAGCCACCCUUAAAUUCUAGCCCUAUGAUAAUCCCAUGAAGCCCAUGAAGCCCGGCAUGCAGAUGCUUUUACUCCGUUGUAACUCCUCUCCACCUGUCUUCGUCUCUCCUUGUAUGUCCAUGUCUUUCCCUCUGUCUGAUUUUGUGUGCACCGUGUUUUGGUUAUGCAUGUAAUAAAUAAUGGAGGGGGCUUCAGUUGCUAAAUAAA